AUGGACGACUUGUCGUUCCAGAACUACUGCAUCGUGUGCGACCACCUCAUUGAGGCUCCACAAGAUCCAGAGCCCGCAGCCUGUUUGCCCUCGGUGGCAAAGCAAAGCAGGAAAAAGGCCCAGGGAACCAUUCGGGUCAAGAACCCCGAUGGCUCCACCACCAUCCGCACCGCAAACGGUGUCAAGACGACGCGCCCAGCAGGACCACCCGUCCGCCGCUCGGGUUCGGGUAUUCGUCUUGCCACCAACGGCGCGAACGACAAGCCAAAGUCACCAGUGCUCCAGCCAUCGAGUGGCGAGGUCACGCCUCCCCUCGUGUGCCAAUCCACACCAGUUGCACCGCGUUUCGUCUCCAACAUCUACUGCUCGCAAAAGUGCCAGGAGACGGACAAGGGCUCCACCGGGUUGACGCCCGAGGGUCUGGCACAUGCCAUCCUGGGCAUCAACACUGCCUACUCUGACGCCAUCCUCGUCCCCGACGCCGUCAACAAGUCGUCUCCCCUUGCCCCGCCUUCGCCACUUCUGGGUAGCGACACGGACACAUCGUCGGCCGCUUCCACCUCGAUUGCCGCUGCCAUGCUUGUCCCCGAGGCAUCGCUUUCAGUGUCCCCCAUGGCCGCGUCUGCGCCCAAGACCAUCGACUCGUUCCGCCUGAUGCGCGACGCACCCGAUGCCGGAUGGAGGGACCUGUCGCGCCAGCGCCGCAGUUCCAUCGCCGCGGGCAAUUGCCGAAUGGCCCCGCUCGAGCCCGUGGUGGCGACUCCCGCCCAGAUUGUCAUGUCCCGUCAAAAGUCGGGUGGCGUUCACCAUGCUGGCUCUGUUGGCCAGUUGGCCUCGGGACCCCGCUCCCCGGCUGGCGCUAGCUCGGAUUCGCUUGCAUCACUUUGGAACAACGAAUACGAACUGGCGGUGCACCGCACACCUUCGAGUGGCGGCGCCAUGCGCGCCAUGACCCCAAUGAACCCCGAGGGGCUUGCGGCGAGGCGCUCAAUGUCGUCUUCGUCUGAUGGUUCUGGCAUCCAGAUUGCAUCGCGCGGUCUUCAGCGCGACACAUACUCGCACACGUCGCUCGGCGGCCUCGCAUCGCCUGGUCCGGGCACCUUUGCCGAAGUCGGCAGUGCUCCCAACCAGCACGACUACUUGCGCCGCUACGCCAACGCGUUCCCCGCUCGUGACGCCUGCGUGUCGCCGUCGCUCAAGCCCGUCUCGGGUAUCCAGACCCCGGACUCGCGCUCGUCGUCGGUCGCCAUUGCCAACGCGCGCUCCAGCGUCACCAUCCGUGCUCGUCCUCGCACUGCUUCGGGCACCGCCACCUGGGAUGCCUUUGGCAAGGCCGAGGUCCGUGAGCGUAGCGAGCGCAGCGAGCGCACCCGCCGCAACCUCGCUGGCAGCCACACCGAUCUCGCCACUUCCCUCCCUCGCGUCUCGCCCACCACCCCGGAGAUGGAGCACACCCAGUUCCGUGGCCGUCACGCCAUCGACUCUACGCCCAAGCAGAGCCUCGAGGUCGAGAACGGUGGCUGGUGCAUCCGCUACGCACCCAACUCGUCGUCGUCGCGUUCGCGCUCUCGCUCCGCCAGCCGCGAGGCGACUGUUCCCGAGUCGCCCGAGACCCGCGCGACGUCGUUGGCGCUUCCUAUCCCCGUCCGCGCCCGCCCCGCGACUACCGUCAUUGCCAGCAGCUCGUCGACUGCGCGCAGCCGCACCCCUCAGUCGCGCGUGACCACCAUGCCCGCUCGUCGUGCCGCGUCGUCCAUGACUGUGCUGCCCGACCUCGCGGCUCUCCGCGUCGGCUCUCCCUGUGCCCCCGUCAUGUCUCCCGAGUACGCCUCCCCCACCUCGCGUUCCAUCCCUCGCGCCGGUUUCGACUGGGAGGGCUCUGGCUCGCACCACCGCACCUACGCCCUGCCCCCCGGUGUGGUCACCAACCCGAACAAGGGCUUGUUCUACUUCAAGGCGUAA